AUGAGUUCCUAUCUGAUCACCGGCUCCUCCCGGGGUAUCGGCCUUGAGCUGACUCGUCAGCUCGCCGCUAAGGCACAGAACGAUGUCGGCACCAUCUUUGCUUCUGCCCGAUCCUCCAAUGGCCCCGAAUUCCAAAAGCUUCUCCAGCAGUAUCCCAAUCGAAUUGUAUUCGUCCCUCUCGAUGUGACUGAUGUGGAAAGCGUCAAAAAUGCCGCGAAGCUAGUUUCGGCUGCUCUCGAGGGAAAAGGACUAGAUGUUUUGAUUAACAACGCUGGUGUAAUGAACUACGGUCCUAUCGAGGAGAUGGAUGAUUUGGAGGACACGUUCCGCAUCAAUGUAGCCGGCGUCCACAACGUCACCAGGAACUUUUUGCCCAUUAUGAGAGAGGGCGAAAUGAAAAAGAUCCUAAAUAUCUCAACCAGUCUUGGCUCCAUCACUAGACAGCCUGUUUACAAGGACUCACGUGUUCCAUCGUACAAGGUGACAAAGGCCGCCCUGAACAUGCUCACAGUGGCGUAUUCUCAAGAACUGGACAAGGAGGGAUUCACAGUCUUCUGUGUCAGCCCGGGUUGGUGCAGAACCCAUCUAGGAAGCCAAAAUGCUGACCUUGCGGUGGAGGAAGGGGCCAAUGCUGUUCUGAACGUGCUGGCCAAGACUGGACAAGAAGGAAACGGGAAUUUCUACAAUGUUCAUGUGCCUGGUUGGGAGAAUAACCCUGGGAUGAACCAGUAUGAUGGAAAGGGGCUUCCAUGGUAA